UGAUACUAAAAAUAUACAAAAUGAUGCUUCCAUGGGUCUUGGUACCCCAACAAAGCAAGUAUGUGCUUGAGAGAUUUGGUAGAUUUGCCAAGAUCCUCGAGCCUGGAAUCAACCUCAAGAUUCCUAUUAUCGAUAUAGUAUCUUAUAAGCACAGUUUUAAGGAACAGGUCAUCAACGUUGAUAACCAAAAUGCUAUCACUAAGGAUAAUGUCAAACUUAGAAUAGACGGAGUGCUAUACUACAAGAUGACAGAUGCUCAGAAGGCAUCCUACAGUGUGAAGAAUCCUAUCUCAGCAUUGUCCCUUCUUGCCCAGACAAGCAUGAGGAGUGAGAUCGGUCUGAUCGAGCUAGAUAGAACAUUUGAGGAAAGAGAAAACCUUAACUCAAGAAUUAGAGAAACACUGAGUGAUGCUAGUGAGACUUGGGGAAUUAAGUGUAUGAGGUACGAGAUCAAAGAUAUCCAACCUCCAAAGGAAAUCAGCAGGUCAAUGGAACUCCAGGCGGAAAGUGAGAGGAAUAAGAGAAGUACUAUCCUCCAAAGUGAAGGACAAAGACAAGCUGUUGUCAAUAUUGCAGAGGGAGAGAAAUCAGCAGCUAUUUUAAAGGCGGAAGGAGAUGCUACGAAAACACUUCAGGAAGCGAGAGCUAUUAUCACUGCUCUAGAAACUAUCUCUAAGUCAGUGUCCAACGACGAGAAUAUGGUUUCUCUGAAACUAAAGCUCACCGAAAAAUAUCUUGAAGCAAUGAACAUUAUUAUGUCUGAGAGUAAAGUAGUUGUACUUCCUCCUUCAAGUGGGAGUUCAAGUCUUUCAAGCCAGAUCGCCACAGGACUUGAGUUGUACAAAGAUAUAGUCAACAAUAGCGAUACUGGAGCUGCUAGCUCUCUCUUGGGCGAUAAAUCUCAGUACAAUGAUAUCCAAGAGAAACUUGAGAAGCUAAAUUCAAGCCAAAGUGAAUCAAGAACCACUGCUGCGAAAUCAGUCCCGAAGUAUGAGUUUUUGGAUGACAAAAAUUUAUACUAA